ACUUACUCCUAGAACUAGGUACCUCUGCCCAUUCAGCUUCUCCCCCGAGACAUCAUAUUGUCUACUAUCCCAAAUUAAUGAUACGAAAAAUGGCAUCUUCCGCGACUUGCAUUUUCUGCAAGAUUGUCAAGGGUGAAAUCCCCUGCUUCAAGCUCGUCGAGACCGAAAAGACUCUUGCCUUUCUCGACAUCCAGCCUCUUUCCCGCGGUCAUGCCCUCGUAAUCCCCAAACACCACGGCGAGAAACUCGCCGACAUCCCCGACGACUCCCUGUCCGAGCUUCUCCCCAUCGCCAAGAAGCUCGCCAUCGCCUCGGGCGCCGUCGACUACAACAUCCUGCAAAACAACGGCAAGCUGGCGCACCAGGAGGUCGGACACGUGCACGUGCACAUGAUUCCCAAGCCCAACGAGAAGGAAGGGCUCAUUGUGGGGUGGCCGCAGCAGGCGACGGACAUGGAGGCGUUGAAGAAGUUGCAUGCCGAGAUUAAGGAGAAGUUGUAGGUAGAGCGAUAAUGAAUGGGUGAUGAAUGAAA